AUGCAUGCACACGGCGUCAAUCCGUGGGGUGGUUUGGCGCAGUGUGGUCGUUUGUUCGCUUGCUCGCUCGUCGCUCACUGUUCGCUGCUCAGUGCUCACUGCUCAGUGCUCAGUGCUCAUCGUCGCUCUCUUCGCUCUUCUUCGAUAAUAUUGUCAGUGUGCGCCGCGUCGUCGCCGUCGCCCUCAACGUCGUCUGAGCAAACGCAAAUAGAACUUCAACUGGGCAGGCGGAAAGGCAGCGCAGCGCAAAGCCAGCCGCAUAGCAGUUUCAGCAGCAGCAACAGCGCCAGCGGUAGCAGCAGCGCCAACCCAAUGUGCGUUAAAAUCGAAAAUCAGCAAAAGAACACAACGAAAACAGGAAACUAGGAAA